AAGGCUCCGCAUCUCACGAUUUUCAUCUGGCAAGCUUUCCAGGAAAAAUCCCCCUGGAGAAACUCUAGCCAAAAUGCCGAUUCCUGUGGACACCGCCCAAUCUAUCUCAAAGAAGCGCAAGAGAAAGCAUGGUGGACAUGCGCGCAAGGAAGAGGCUGCUGCCCCGGCUGUAACUGAAGCCGUGACCGAUUCUCCCGAAAAGGAGGAAGUUACCGUCGACAAGAAGAAGGCGAAGAAAGAGAAGAUCAAGAAGCAGAAGGUCGAACAUAUGUCUAGUGAUGACGAGAAGAAGGAUGGGGAGGAAUCUGAGCAGGAGGCCUCUGACAAUGAAGAGGAGAAGAGCGAUGUUGAAGAGACACCCGCCGCCAACGGUGAGGAUCUUCCUUCUGCCGAUACGAUCCGUCUGCCCCAGCAAGAUGGCGAUCCGGUGAAGUUCACGGAGCUGGGAUUGUCAGAGAAGACCAUGAAGGGUAUCGAGGGAAUGGGAUUCGAGACGAUGACGGAAGUUCAACGGCGUACAAUUCCUCCUCUGCUUGCUGGUCGAGAUGUUCUUGGUGCUGCAAAGACUGGUUCCGGAAAGACCUUGUCCUUCUUGAUUCCUGCCAUUGAAAUGCUUAGCGCUCUGCGAUUCAAGCCGAGAAACGGUACUGGUGUCGUUAUUGUCAGUCCUACUCGUGAGCUUGCACUUCAGAUUUUCGGUCAAGUUAGGGAACUCUUGGCGCAUCACAGCCAGACCUACGGUAUUGUUAUUGGAGGUGCAAACCGGAGAGCCGAGGCGGAGAAACUCAUGAAGGGUGUUAACCUUCUCGUGGCAACACCUGGACGUCUGCUCGAUCAUCUGCAGAAUACGCAAGGAUUUGUGUUCAAAAACUUGCGCACUCUUAUCAUUGACGAGGCGGACCGUAUCCUGGAAGUCGGUUUCGAGGAUGAAAUGCGCCAAAUUGCCAAGAUUCUUCCUUCGGAGAACAGACAAACUAUGCUGUUCUCUGCGACGCAGACUACCAAGGUUGAAGAUUUGGCUCGUAUCUCUCUUAGACCUGGCCCCCUCUACAUCAACGUGGACCAUCGCAAGGAACACAGUACUGUUGAGGGAUUGGAACAAGGUUAUGUCAUCUGUGAAGCUGACAAGCGUUUCUUGCUCCUGUUCUCUUUCCUCAAGCGCAACCUUAAGAAGAAGAUCAUCGUUUUCCUGAGCAGCUGCAACUCUGUCAAGUACUACGGUGAAUUGCUCAACUAUAUCGAUCUCCCUGUGCUUGACUUGCACGGAAAGCAGAAGCAGCAGAAGCGAACCAACACAUUCUUUGAGUUCUGCAAUGCAAAGCAGGGAACGCUGAUCUGUACCGACGUUGCCGCCCGAGGCUUAGAUAUUCCCGCUGUGGACUGGAUUAUCCAGUUCGACCCCCCAGAUGACCCUCGCGACUAUAUUCACCGUGUUGGUCGUACAGCCCGUGGAUCCAACGGAAAGGGACGCAGUCUGAUGUUCUUGCAACCCUCGGAAGUAGGGUUCUUGAAGCAUCUGAAGGAGGCUCGAGUACCCGUCGUGGAGUUUGACUUCCCGGCUCAGAAGAUUGUCAAUGUUCAGUCUCAACUGGAGAAGCUCAUUGGUCAGAACUACUAUCUGAACAAGUCUGCUAAGGAAGGUUACCGCUCCUACCUUCAGGCAUAUGCCUCCCACUCUCUCCGGUCCGUCUUCGACGUGCACAAGCUCGACUUGGUUAAGGUAGCGAAGGGCUUCGGGUUCUCGACCCCUCCCCGCAUCGAUAUCCAGCUCGGCUCCAGCCUGAAAGACAAACAACCACAAGGCCGACGGAACUACGGCAGCCAGCCUGGCUCGAAGUUCAAGCGCAAGCAUAAUGAUGACUGAUUCGAUCUAGUAGAGGGAAAAAGCAAUUGUCUUCCUUGCAUGUUUUUUGUCCGUUGGCCUGGAGUUUAACCUGGAUCUUUUUUUUUUUUUUUCCCUAUAUUAUUAUCAUGGCAUAUCAUAUUUUACUUGCCUUCAUACACCAAAGUAUGGAAUUGUAUCUAGAUACGUCUUCGAGGAAUACCAAGAAUUAUAGCAUUCAA